AUGCAAACCACAGAAGACAUCGGAAGUGUUGCUGCGAUCAUCAUUUCUCCGCCUUUCAUCACUGUCGACGGAUUAGUCAAUCUUCGCGAUGCCCUCGCCUCAAAGACUUCCGCUGGAUUCAGUGGGCAGAUCGCGAGGCCGUCAUACAUCUAUCGGUCUGGGGAACCGGCCAAAGUCACCGACCAAGGGAGAGCUCAGUUCAUGGCACUUGGCAUAAAGAAAGUAUUCGAUCUAAGGUCACAGACCGAAAUCAAGAGUUUUCAAGCACCUCCGUUGGAAAUUGACGGAGUCGAGGUCGUGAAUUGUCCGAUCAUGAAAGACGAGGCCUUUGACCCAGCCAGUUUAGCGAAAAGGCUUUCUUCUUUCGACACAGAUGAAGUGAAGACCUUUCUUGCUUUGUAUUUUAGCUUUUUGAAAGCAGGAGGUCCCUCCGUUGAGUUGAUCCUUCGCCACAUACGGGACCAGAAGGAUCAUCCUUGUCUUAUACAUUGCACUGCUGGAAAAGAUAGGACGGGGGUAUUUGUGGCUCUUAUUCAGCUGCUGGCUGGAAUGGGCGAAGAAGAUAUCAUUAACGACUACGCUCUCACUACAUACGGGCUACAGCCGUUGCUCCCUACCCUCUUGAAACGGUUUGAGGCCAACGAAGUCUAUAAGAAUAACUGGUCGGGUGCCUUGAAUAUGGCGACCGCAAAGGCUGAGACCUUCCGUGCUUUUCUGUCAGCGUUUAGGGAAAAGUAUGGGACCGCGGAGCAGUAUAUUAAAGCCAAGACGUCGUUAAACGAUGACGAUAUCGAGAUAAUAAGGGCGAAUCUCCUGGUAUCCGCUAGUGAAUAG